AAGGGAGUUGGGUGGCCGGGAAGGACGUGUGUGACAGCACAGGCUAUCGGGGAAGAAGCGACAAGACUUAGGGGCCUGGGGAGAAUAGACAGAAAGCUCAAGUGCUUGGUGGUUGAUGUGUGCUCCAAGCCCGCGGAGGGGAGGAGAACAGGGGGCUCCGGUGCUGCGUGCAGUUUUCCUCCUUUGCUCUCCCGGGUCCGCGAGCACGCGCGCACUAGCACCCGCCCCACAGCCCCUCCCAUACACAAAUACACACAGACAGAUAGGCACUUCCCUGCCUCUCCAGUUCGCGGUGGGCCUGCCCGCCUGGGAGCCGAGAGCGGGUGCACGCCGCCGCCGCACUCCGGCCGCUCCCAGGCUGACUGUCGUCCGCGCCGCCCGGGAGUGGGGGAGGGGUGGUCUCGCGCCGCCGCGCGCUCCUCCCCCUCCCCCUCCCCACGCUGUUCCGAGGCCGGGCGACUCUGCCCAAUGAGGAGCGGCGUUGCUGGCAGAUGUUCUCAAAUAGUGAUGAAGCUGUAAUCAAUAAAAAACUUCCCAAAGAACUCCUAUUACGGAUAUUUUCUUUUCUGGAUGUUGUUACCUUGUGUCGCUGUGCUCAGGUCUCCAGGGCCUGGAAUGUUCUGGCUCUGGAUGGCAGUAACUGGCAGCGAAUUGACCUGUUUGAUUUCCAGAGGGACAUUGAGGGCCGGGUAGUGGAGAAUAUUUCAAAAAGAUGUGGGGGCUUUUUACGGAAGCUAAGUCUCCGCGGGUGUCUGGGAGUAGGAGACAAUGCGCUAAGGACCUUUGCACAAAACUGUAGGAACAUUGAAGUACUAAAUUUAAAUGGAUGUACAAAGACUACAGACGCUACAUGUACUAGCCUUAGCAAGUUCUGUUCCAAACUCAGGCACCUUGACUUGGCUUCCUGUACAUCAAUAACAAACAUGUCUCUAAAAGCUCUGAGUGAGGGAUGUCCACUAUUGGAGCAAUUGAACAUUUCCUGGUGUGACCAAGUAACCAAGGAUGGCAUCCAAGCACUAGUGAGAGGCUGUGGGGGUCUCAAGGCCUUAUUCUUAAAAGGCUGCACACAGCUAGAAGAUGAAGCCCUCAAGUACAUAGGUGCACACUGUCCUGAACUGGUGACUUUGAACUUGCAGACCUGCUUACAAAUCACAGAUGAAGGUCUCAUUACUAUAUGCAGAGGGUGCCAUAAGUUACAGUCCCUCUGUGCCUCCGGCUGCUCCAACAUCACAGAUGCCAUCCUGAAUGCUCUAGGUCAGAACUGUCCACGGCUUAGAAUAUUAGAAGUGGCAAGGUGUUCUCAAUUAACAGAUGUGGGCUUUACCACAUUGGCCAGGAAUUGCCAUGAGCUUGAAAAGAUGGACCUAGAAGAGUGUGUUCAGAUAACAGAUAGCACAUUAAUCCAGCUUUCUAUACACUGUCCUCGACUUCAAGUAUUGAGUCUGUCUCACUGUGAGCUGAUCACAGACGAUGGAAUUCGUCACCUGGGGAAUGGGGCCUGCGCUCAUGACCAGCUGGAGGUGAUUGAACUGGACAACUGCCCACUAAUCACAGACGCGUCCCUGGAGCACUUGAAGAGCUGCCACAGCCUUGAGCGGAUAGAACUCUAUGACUGCCAGCAAAUCACUCGGGCUGGAAUCAAGAGACUCAGGACCCAUUUACCCAAUAUUAAAGUCCACGCCUACUUCGCACCUGUCACUCCACCCCCAUCAGUAGGGGGCAGCAGACAGCGCUUCUGCAGAUGCUGCAUCAUCCUAUGACAGUGGAGGUGGUCAACUUUGGCGAACUGAGUAUUUAAUGACACUUCUAGAGUUACCGUGGAGUCUCCAGUGGAAGCGACCCCAGUGUUCUGGGCAAGGGUUACAAAGUGAGGCAGCAUCCAGAUCCCCAGAGCCACACGUACACACACAUACCCACGCUCACCCCACCCAUUCUAGCUCUGUGACCGGGGGACUGAAGAUCGUGCUGGCUUUAACAAGUGGAUUGGUAACACUUUACCAUUCCUGUUGGAUGUACCCAGAAGAAAAUUACAGGCGAGGUAGGGGAAGGGGGCAUUCCAGCAACCCAGUGUUACUGCUACUGCAGUUUCUUUAUUUUGUUAAGGGGUUUCUUUGGCAAAUUUGGAAAAGCAACUGCAGUCCUCCAGGGUCAAGGAAAGCAUAGAAAAACAAUAUAUGUUAUGUCCAGGGACCAGAAAGGAAAUUUCUUUGCAUCCUAUAAAUGGUAGCCAUCCAUUGUGAGAUGACUACACAGCUUCCGUGCUUCCUCGUUCCCAUGCCAACAUGCUGAGCAUGCUCACAAAGAAGGCUCCUCCCUUCCACCUUCUGUUUUAGUGUUUGGCCCAGAGGUUUCCUAAAUGACUGCAUUGAAAUCACUGUGGUCCAAAUGUGAUUACUUAUUCACUCAAAUUGUCGCUCUCUGUAGCACUCUUGUGCACCUGUGUCCUCCGUUGCUCCCUCCUGCACCCUCGCUCAGUCUGUCAUCUGUUCCUAGUCUGCCUGCUCACAGUUGUUACUCUUUUGCUGUUGUGUUUACAGUUUGCAUUUUGGAUGAUUAGUUGGGGUUACCAAACAUUUUUAAAAGAGCCAUUAUCAAUAAAUAUUUUUUUAAUUCUAAAUUUUACCAUUAGGGGACCCUGCCUGAAUCUUUGCCAGUCUGAAGGGAAACUGUUACAGAAGCAAGAAAAGUUAUGAAAAGAAUUUGAGCUAAAACUAUUUUGAUGAAAGUAAACUUUGCCCUUUGGUUUCUGUUACAUCGUGUGCUCUGUGAUAUGCAUAGUAUGCCCAGUAUUCCCCUGCACACCUUUUCCUCCGUCAAGUCCCACUGGCUUAAUGAGGAAAGCAAAACGCAUUACUAGCAAAGAGUGGAAUGGCAAAUCCCAAAACUGAGCCCAAAAGCCACCGCCACCCAAGCUCAGACAUGUCACGUGUUCCCUGAAAUCUUGGCAUGAUCAGUGACAUCUCUGAUUUGGGUCUGUGAGGUAGUUUUCUUUUACCAGGAAUGCUGGUAGAGCAGCUGUACCGUCUAGCUCGUCAGUCUCCCCCACACCCCCGUUUCAGCCCAUCAGGAAUGCAAGAAUGACCCUGUAACAGCUGGUCAACUGCAGGUCAGUGUUGGCGGUAUCAUAUCUAAUAUCGAAGCCUCAAAGGACCAGAACCUUUUCAGAACUUGUCAUCCAUAUCUCUCUUGUGCUCCAGACUUCCCAUGAAUGAAAUACAAGUGUAGGCAGAUGGAGAAAUUGGGGCAGCAAAAAGAGGAAGUAAGGGGUUCAGUGCCUCUGCCCAGCCUGGUUAUCAGACCUGAGGGCAAGGUAGAAUAUUCAGUGCUCGUGUCUCAGUCAAAGAAGCUUCCCCUCCCCCACCCCAAAAAUCGUGCUGGAUGAGUUAAAUGAGUUUCUAAAGUAGUACAGGUAGAUUUCUAAACCCCAAGGUUAGAAAGCUUGUAUGAUUUUUUAAUAGGUUGACCUUUUUUUGCCUUUUAAAACAUUGGUGUGCAGCCCCCCGUGAUAGUAGAUCAUCUGCAUGACCCAGACGGUUAAAAGACUUGUUUCAGUGCUUCGAGUGCAACAAACGUGUGUGAGUUACAUGUGAUUUAUUUCCUCCCAGGCAGUCACAUGAAAGGGUCUUAGAAAUGUGUAUUGACCCAUCAGUAUUUAAUGUUAUAUUUAUUUUAAAUUCUAUUUAAUUAUUCUCUUUUAAAAACUCAAAUUACUUACAGUUUUCAUUCCCAUUUCCCCUUAUCCUGUUUUCAAAUUACAGUGUAAGAAACAUGCUUUUUAAAGUGAGACUCACUCUCCUGGCUAUACCCCACACAUAUCAAUGUAUAUACUUGUACACACACUUCCAGAUGUAGUUCAUGACAUUUGGAUCCCCGGGUUACUCAUUCAAACAAAACUAAAAAGUAAUAUUUAGGAGCCAUCUGCUCCAACAUAAUUUUUUUAUAGUGUCUGAACAAAUUGACUAUAAAACCCUGAUUGAUCAGUGAGUGUGGAUUUGAAUUACCAAAUAGUUGAGACUGUAAAGGUACUUCUUUACUUGAAAAAGUACACAUAAGUUUAAAAGACCCUACUCACCAGGGCUGAAUGUCCUGGAAAUGCUGUUUCUGUCCUCAGAGAGUGUACCCAUGUACAGGGCCAUGUGGACUUGCCCAGGCCACCCCUCCCUGUCUGGGCAGAGAACAGCCAAGUGACAGAAUAAAAGCCUGGGGCACGCAGCAGUAUGUGGUCAGGCAGGAGAUUUGUUCCUUUCUCAAGAAAACUUCAGGCCCAUCAGGCUUGGAAGGAAAUAUGUUUUUUUAUGCCAAUCUGCAACCUAUGCCAGCCAGCUGAUGCAAUGUACCAGGACUUUGAGAACCCAGAACAUGGUAAGUUUUGGUCAGGUGGAAAGGGUCCUGAUGUCUUCCUGUUUCAACAUCGGGGACACUUCUGAAAAUUUAGUAAGGCUUCCCAGGUGUAAGUCUCCUUAGGAAAAGCUUACUGUUCCAUUUGUCUGACUCCAGAGCCCCUCCACACUAUGCCUUCCAUAAUGAAAAACUGCAGCGUGAGCAGAGAAGAGAGUUGGAAGAAGUAAGAAGGUACCUUCAAAGUCAUUGCCAUAAACCUGCCGAUAGCCAGGAGGAUUAUUGCAGUGUCCUCUGCAGAGAGUUACUAAACAUCCAGAUCAUCGUUUUUCCGAGCAGCCUUUCUCCCCUUACAUUUUCCAGCAUCAUUUGCUACAUCAGUAUCUUCUACAUCCUCUUCAUUGGCCCUAUCAAAGUGAUUCCAGCUAUUUUUCUUAAUUGACUUUUGCCAUGUCCUUCUUACACCCAUCCUCACUGUCUGUUUAAAGCCUCCCUCUCACCCCCAGUAAUGCUGCUUGUCCCUGAGUUCGCCAGUCUGGCUUCCUCCGUGGGUCCUCGUCCUGCCCCAGGCAGACUCCUGGGCAGCCUUGCCUGCAGUGACUGGUGCGGCCCGGGCCGAGUAUGUAGCACUGGGUGCGCUUUGAUGUUUGCUUACUGAAUUUGAAAUCAAACCUGGAAGUGAGCGGUUAAAGGGGAUGUGGCUUCAUUUUUUUCUCCAAUAUUUGGAAUAUGAAAGUACGUUGUACUUCAUGUAAAAAGGGUUUUCUCCUGCUCUGCUCUCUAGUGGAUGUAAAAGUAUUUCUUAAAUGUGUUUUGUAAAUGUCCACGUUCAUGAAAUGAGUUUAUUUAGCAGACAUAAAUUAGAAGUUUUACGUCUUCCUUGUAUCACACAUCUUAGAGGGAUACCUGGUGAAUAUUUUUAUGAUGCUUUAUUUUGGGCUUUCCAAACUGAACAGUCAAUAUAGCUAUAAUGCUAUCGCAAUCAAGUUCUUAUAUUCUAAUUGCCUCAUGAAAUGUGUUGUUACUGGUGUGAUAGCUCACGAACGCCGUGGGCGGCUAGAUGAAGGUUGCGAUGGCGCCUGUCUCGGUUUGAAGCUGUUGGGAAAUACAAUGGUGUCACUGGGAAGAAAGGAGCGGUUCCCUGCCAUCUGUAUUGGCAGCAUCCCCUUAGGGGACUGGAUUGUUCUGGAGAGACAGAACACUUGCCCGUCAUAGUUGCAGACCCUUGGCCAUUUAAUAUGUGCUGUGCUGAAAGUCACGGACUGCUUGUGACCGCCACCUGGGAGAGAGGAGGUCGAUCUGGUCUGCCUUCCGCUCCUUGCGUGCAUGACGUGUAAGGGUAGGUUUCUGUCCCUGUUGUGGAUCCUGCCGACAGACUCUCAGUGGUAUGCUUUGAGCUUCUGGAACAUUUUAUGAAAAGAUUGCCUUGUCUGUCUGCCCACCAGUUCUAGGAACUUGACCCACCUCAAACCCAGGCCACGUGACUUAGCCAAGUUUUGUUUGAGAAGAGGUUUAGGAUGUUUGGCUGGACUUGAAGCAGAGCCCUUCCUCUUACAGUGAUCUAGGAGCAAAGAACCCUAAAGCAGUAGGAGAGUGAGGGGAAAUAUGGAGUCUCCGCCUUGCCUCACCUUUAUUUCUAUCAUAAAUUUUAAUUGUAACAUUGGAGGAUAGAAAAAGACCAUGUCAGCAGUGUAUGAUUAAUAACAUUUGGCUGUAUUUGCUAUCUCCAGAUGCCCUAACUUACCAUCUUGGUUCUCUAGCAAACAGUGUCCCUCUAAGCUUGCCUUGUCGCUUGGGACCUUGUGUCUGCCAGAAACUACCAUCGAGGCAAGUGAGUUUUCUGCCCGAGGGGCUUUUGCAGCUCCCCACUCAGGGCAAGUCUGCCUAUUUUGUCCAUUUUUAUGCUUAGGAGCAUCAGUUGCACUUUUCUGAAGCAUCUGAUCCUUAAGAAAGUUAAUAAAAACCUCUCAGCUGAGUCAGUGAAUCUUUGGAGCCCGAGAGAGUUACACUCAAUUUUCAGCAGAAAAAAAUGUACCGGACAAGCUCACAUGUGGGAUGUUAAGAGGACUUCCAUAAUGCACUCCUUGCGCCUCCACUUCGCGCGUGUUCUGAGUUGGCCCCGGUAGAACUGGAUUCCCGGGUGUUGGCCCUCAGUGCUUCCUCCACCAGCCUGGUUCACCGCCCCUUUGGGAAAAGAACCGUGAGCAGCCGGAAUGGUAUCGACUGACCCCGUUUUUUUUAGUGUCUCAUUUUGAAAAAUCGGGGUGGGAAAAUGGUAGGUGAGAUUUUUAAAGUAAAGGAGAGAAUCAGUUCCGGAACUGGAGUGCUUUGCUUCAGAUAUGAGCAUCUGCUCUGAACAUACAGAAACAGCCGCUUCACAUGCGAAUGAAUGGGUCCGUACCGUUUCUACUGGCAGUGAGAGCUGCUUUCCACACGCCUAACCAGAGUCACCCACUCGGGGGGGCCUGCACCACAGAAAGAGAACCCCCGGGGCUUCCCAGCCGCUGCUGGGCACGGCGUUCACCGGGGCGAGCGCAGGUGGGCAAUGUGAGUCCCCACCCCAAAAAGAGGUGGGAGAGAGGCGUCCAGACAUGCCUUUCCUCUUAUGCCAUACCCCAAGAACCCAAGGAAACCCUUGAAGUGAUGUCUUUUUUUGUUAAUUAAAGUGGAAGAAGGACUUUGCCCCACUAAGUUUCGCUUGUCAUUGUCUCUUACUACUGUCUCUUAUUAAUUCAGAUCUGUACUGCACUGCUGUUCACACACAUGUAUGUUUCUGACCUUGGUCUAACCCUUCUCAGCACCUGAAGUCACUGUUUUGUUUUUAAGGCACUAGUGAAUGAGAACCUAAAGUCUUAGAAAAUCCUACUUGAAAAGGAGUUUCUAAAUGGCAUGGUUUGAUUACUUUACCUUUCCUCCCUAAAGACUUGAAUGAUUUUCUUUCCUAGUGCUAUAUAAUAGAUCUGUAAUAAGUGAAACCUUUGCUGCUGCUCUUCUGGGUUUACGAGUUUUCUCCUUCCCUUAAGAAUAAUUUAUCUGUUCUUCUCUGGUGACUGUUAAUUUCUAGUAAGUGCAGGGAGAGGCGAGCCUGAGAUUUCUUCUCUCACUCCCCUUCCCUCCUGGCCCUGAAUUACACACUGACCUCUAUGACUUCUGUGGGAUGGGGCUCAUCAGAAGCUACUUGUGUUUUUUCUCAACUCGUCGCAGCUCUUGGAGCCGGCCCCUGCGGCUCUGGCUGCCCAGCACUGAGGGUUACUUUUUAGUUUUGCCUUUCUCCAUUCCUGUUUCAUGACUCAGCCUUCAGAUGCCUCCCACUCUGGUCGCCUCCAUCUUCCUCCCAGGAAUCACUUCCAAGUAACCUGCCUUGGGCAUUUCCCAGCUGCUCUCCCCCCUUUGCCCCCCUUGCAGUGGUCCUGAGAGCACAGACCUGAGAAGGAGGCCUGUGCGGUGCUCAGAGCACUUUGAGGACAGUCCCUGCCCGGCAGACUCUGCUUGGGGACAGAGAUAAGAUGGGUAAAUGGUGCUGUGGGAGACAUUUGUGUCUUCAAACCAGGCUCUUCCACCACCCGCCGCUCCCCCCCAGCCCCCGCCCCUGCCCCUCUCUGAUCCCAGCCCUUGAGGGGGAAAAUGCAGAGAAGUUGACUGGGAGUGUCUGAUCCCAAACACCGCUGUCUGGCCGAGGCCUACCCUGGAGUGCCUCCAAGUGUGGGCGCUGCUGCUUUCCGUCUCCACCAGGCCUGCCCAGCACUUAGCCAGCCGGUCCCUGGGACCAACACGGUCCCCUACGUGGUGACUUCACACCAGGUUCCAUUAGCUUUCCAAGUGACUGUUUCCACCCCAUACUUUUGGCACUUGAGGUUGCAGGGGAGGGAGCGUUACUCAAAAUAAAAUCCAAGGUGGCAGUAGAGGAUUCCUUCUGCUUUAAAAUCUUUGGACUAAAAAGAAAUGUUUUUAUAUAUAAAUAUAUAAAUUGUUAUGUAACUAUUAUUGUUUCCUGUAUGUUCUAAUUUUGUUUUAUGAUGUAAUUAAAGGAAAUAAGCUGUGAAGACUUUUCAUUUUGCUGCGGAAAUAGCUUGACUUGGAGCUGUGAUUCUUAACUUUCUUGAACCCUAGAACUGCAGAGGCUCCUGAGGCUGAAUGAAGGGGCUUCUUUUGGCAUCCUUAUAUUUUUAAAUAUUAUGUAACUAAUCAUCUUUAUUUAAUAGCUCAUUAAUAGCCUUUUUUAAUACCUUCAAUGUGUUUAAGAAAAACAAGAGACAUAUAAAUCCGUUUCUGAAAA